GCGCCACACCGGAAGCUGGUGCACGAAUAUUGACCCGGGAAUCUAAAAGGGAGGGAAAUCAAUAACCAAACUCCAUGCUGGGCUGACAAUCUGACCACCGGUGGCUUUUAACUUAACCUGGGUGACCCGACAUAGGCGAGGUCACCAGGUGUGAAUAUUCCUGAUUGGUGACCCUCGAGGCACGUGGCAUGUGGCUGGUGGCAUGUUUGUUUGUUUACCGUUGGAACCACCACCAGGCAGCCCCAUGACCCUCCUGACGCGGCGCAAUAAAUGCUGGACGUAUAAAUAUGCUGUUGCUCUGUGGGAACUUUGUGAGAUGAGUGCGGUGACGGUGGUGGCAUGUGGAGGCAAGGCGUCUAGAUGGCGCUAACCACAACCCUCAUGUAUAGGUGACCUAAGAUGGGGUCACUCCCUCCCGCCCGACACGCCUGACCUGAGCUGACCCGAGGCAUGGGGUCAAAGUUGGCUUGCGUCGGCAGUGGCACGGAGGACUCCACUAUGGGGCAGGAGGAGACAGCCAAAGCAGAGGAAGAUGCCACUGAUGGAAGGAGACAACGAGGAGGAGGAGGAGGAGGAGGAGGAGGAGAGAGACAGAACGGGGAAGAGAUGAAGUAUGACGGAGACGCGCAAAAGUUGGUGGAUCUGGUCUCGUCUCUCAGCGAUCAGGAUGCUGCCGGGAUGCAAGUCAAGGUCAACCAUUAUCUGGCUACGCGGUGCAGGGCUGGGCUGGUCUUCCUCAUACUGGUAAACGAGGACGAGGAGCUGUCAGUGCAUGUGAUCGGCCCCCACCGCCUCUCCUGCCCUGUCAAAAUACCCGUGAGCAACAACAGCUUCAGCACGGCGCUCUCCUCCCGGCGGCCCAUCACUCUGACGGACAUCGAGCCGUCGCACCGCGAGGACCUGUGGCGGCUGCUGGGCCUCAUCCACGACAGCGAGCGGUUCGGCGCGGUAGGACGGACGUGUGUGGAUCACGGCAGCGGGGACGGCGUGGUGCAGGAGCGCCCCUGCCUCCGGGAGACGCGCAAUGGCUCGGCAAGAAGUGUGGACGCCGCCACCCCUUCCUCCCGCAGGCUUUUCCGGGACUUGUCCGUGGACCAAGACACGCGCAGCCCGGGUGAGGCACCCCCAGGCAGACGCUCCUCGGCCGCCCCCCGCAUGGCCUUCACCACGCACAAGGUGCAAAGAGCACCCACAUCUCCGGCCCAGGGCGGGGACACCCCCGCCAGGCUUCCCACUGUGUCGCACACCGUCAGCCUGCCCCCAGUGGAGGCAAACCACGCCCCCAGGAGCACCGGUAAGGCAUCCGUGGCGGGCCAGCACCAUCUGGAGCGCCACGAGUCUGAGGGCUACCGCUCGCUGGCGCCCGUGUGUCCCGCCUCGCUGCUGUGUGUUCCUGUGCCCGGCCCGCGCAGGGACGCCACCGCCAUGCUUGUCGUGCUGGUAGACAAGCAGGGCGGCGGGGACUUCCUGCCGCAGGACGUGCAGGUGGUGCAGGACUGUUUCAGGUGUGUGGUGGGCAUCCUGCUGAACACCGCGGAGGCGGAGCGGGAGCGGCGACUCAGGACCCAGUGCCAGGCGCUCCUGUCCGUGGCGCAGAACCUCUUCACUCACCUCGAUGACGUGUCGGUGCUGCUGCGGGAGAUCAUGGCGGAGGCGAGGCAGCUGACGGACGCUGAAAGGUGCUCACUCUUCCUGCUGGAUCGGGAACACGAGCAGCUGGUGGCCAAAGUCUUCGAUGGCGAGAGGAAGGAAGAGUCCCUCGAAGAAGUUCUGCUCCCCGUCUUGCAGAACUUACCUGGUGUCUACGUCACGAGUGCAGGUGAGGUGCGGCUGCCGGCCACUCAGGGCAUUGCUGGUCACGUGGCAUCUACGGGCGCCCUCCUCAACAUCCGCGACGCCUACGCCCACCCGCUCUUCUACCGGGGCUUUGAUGAGUGCACCGGCUUCAAGACCAGGAACAUCCUCUGCUUCCCCAUCAAGCAGGACGGGGAGGUGAUAGGCGUGGCUGAGCUGUGCAACAAGACUACUGGCCUCCACUUCACCCGCUUCGACGAGGAGAUAGCCACAGCCUUCAGCAUCUACUGUGGCAUCUCCAUCAGUAACUCCCUGCUGUACAAGAAGGUCUCCGAGUCUCAGGUCCGCUCCAAGCUUUCCAACGAGCUCAUGAUGUUCCAUAUGAAGGUUACCAAGGAGGAGGUGGAUCGUCUGGUACAGGUGGAUGUACCGCCCCCGAGCCACUUCCACCGCGACUUCAACUCAUUCAGAUACUUCCCCCGGCAGCUGCCGGACCCCUGCACCUCCCCAGCCAUCCUGUCCAUGGUGGAGUCCCUUGGCAUGAUCACCAAGUUCAGACUCAGCCGUGAGUCACUAGCCAGGUUUACCCUCAUGGUGCGUAAAGGCUACCGGGACCCUCCCUACCACAACUGGCUGCAUGCUUUCUCCGUCACACACUUCGCCUUCCUGCUGCUCCAAAAUCUGCAGCUGGUGGAGAGGGGCGUGCUCACCUCCCUGGAGGCACUGGCACUCAUCGUGUCUUCCAUGUGUCAUGACCUGGAUCACCGAGGCACCACUAACUCAUUCCAGGUGGCAAGUAACUCUGUGCUGGCAUCACUGUACUCCUCUGAGGGCUCUGUGAUGGAGCGGCACCACCUGGCCCAGGCAAUGUGCAUCCUCAACACCGACGACUGUAAUUUCCUGGAGAACCUGAGCCGGGAGGAGUACACCAAGUUCCUCGACCUGAUGAGGGAGAUCAUUCUGGCCACUGACUUGGCCCACCACCUGCGCAUCCUGUCUGAGCUGCGGCAGGUGGCAGAGGAAGGCUAUGACUCGGCCAACCCUCGCCACCACGACCUGCUGAUCUGCCUCCUCAUGACAGCAGCAGACCUCUCAGACCAAACCAAAGACUGGCACUCCUCCAAGCAUGUGGCUGAGCUGAUCUACAAGGAGUUCUUCACCCAGGGGGACUUAGAGAAGGCGAUGGGGAACAUGCCCCUGGAGAUGAUGGACCGAGAGAAGGCCUUCAUCCCCGAGCUUCAGCUUCAGUUUCUGGAUGAUGUUGCCAUUCCUGUUUAUGAGAUUGUGGCCAAGCUGUUCCCAGAGGCCGAUGAGCCGUACAGCAGCAUCAAGGCCAACAGACGAAACUGGUCACGCCUGCGCGACGUCUACAAGCGAAGGAAACCUGAGUCCACCAGCUCCCUUGAGGUGUUUGAGGAUGACUCACUUGAAGAGGAGCUGGAGAAAGAUGAAUCCUGAAACAUCCCUCAGGGUUCUCCUUGCAUAACUUGUACCACACUUCAAAAGACACAUACAGUAUCUUAUUCAUUUACUCCAUGUGAGUAAAAUUUUUCAUAAUAUAAUGAAUCCUACAAAUGCACCCAUUACAUUUGAAUUUUGGGACUAACUAUCUUGCCAUAAUAAUCUUAGGGAAAAACUUAAUGUACUACUGAAAAGACUGUUACACUGGUCUUGUUUUAUUCAUAAGAAAGUCUACCUCUUACGUGUUUGGCUGAUGUAAUCCAUGUACACAGUUUUUAGAAAGGAAUUCAGUGGUGUGCUUUUCCCUCACUGGAUUGAAUUCUCAUUUUAUUCAAUAUUCAGAGUGCCAUAUGCAUGCAGCCACUCUCACACUAAGGAGUGGGAGAGCUGAGGGCCAGGGGAGAUGGGGACACUCACCACAAUGCAGGGCAGAGUAAUUGUACACGACUAUCUAGUUAUUGAGGAUUUCCAUGGUGACUCUGACUCUCCCACUCCACCACAUACCACACACACUCCAGUACAUCUCCUCACAGACUCUCCAUACUCAACAGUCUCUCCACACACUACCACAGACCACACAGCCUCUGCACACACCACCACAGACCACAAACCUCAUUGGCACUCCUGUGCCGAUACAAGGCCCACCACACCACUACAUGAAACAUACACAGACAGAGACAUGUUUUUUUGUCCCAAGAACAGUAAUACUUAUUCAUUCAUUGCCUUAAGAUGAGUAUUACUCUUGUGACAUCUUUCAUUGUCUGUAGUUUUUCAGCAUUUGCUGGUGCAUCUUAUGAUGUAAUCUCAAUACUACUAUUCUUCUUAUACAUCACUCGGCCUUAUUUCUCUUGAACCAUUUCAGCUGCUUCAAACAUAAGUGCAUAGCUUCUUGAUCUUUUAUAGGCUCAUUUUGACUGCUAAUGAUGUGAUGUGUUAUUUGAGUACCUAUAUAUGAGUUCCCUGAACAAAAAAAAUUAAACUACAGGCAUGAAAAGGUUUGAAUGAAUUGAUCAUUCCUCUUGCUGCCUGUAGUAUCUUUCAAAGUUAUAGUCAGUUAGCACCAAAAGAUUUAUAAAGCAUAAGGAGAAGCCAUAGCAGUCAGAGAAUUAAAGGCACCUUGACUUAAAUAAUAUCAGUCAUCUAUGACCUUUUUCAUUUUUCAUCAUGUCAUCAUGAUAUACAAGUACUUACACAGAACAUUUUUCAUAGUGAGCACUGUUUUCCUUGGGUCUUCAUUGUUAGCUUUACACAUGGAAUUUUUCAGAACUAAUCAGUCAUAAUGCAAAGUCAGGCAUCAUAGAAAGACAACUAACUCCUUUUGGUUCUGAUGCUUUAUGUUUCUUGAAUAAGCCUGAGGAUGUUAUAACUUGAGCUUCUAAGCCAAAGCUUUACCCCUGUGGAAGGCCAAGACACUGCAAAUUGCAGGAGUGGUUGUCAAAUGUAUGUGAUAUGAAGCUAGUCAAACACUUGUAUAAACAGUGGUGCCUCUAUUGUAGGUGUGGCUAGCAGGAAUUUUAUAUCAUGAAUGCAAUUUUUAACCUGUCACCUGGGAAACAAAAGAGGCUGUAAGAGAAGUAAGACAAAUGAGUGGGAUGUUUCCAAGACACAAAACACUGGAGGAAAUAGAUGUAAUUUAUUUUCAAAUGAAGGCAACAAUCAAAACAUUAGAGAAAAAGAUUACUUCUGUUUCCUCCUCUGUUUUCUCUCAUUGCUGUUUUCCACAUAAAUGAAAGUGCAGAGAAAACUGGUGUUGUGGUCAAAGGAGAUCCUCUAAAAAUUAAUGAGGAAAUAUGUAUGAUUCAGGGCCUGUAUUCUACAUAGUGCUUUUGGUUGACCAUAGCUAACUGUCAUAGCUAACAGAAUUUAUGACCAUCAGUCUUAUGAUAGUCAGAAGUCGUCGGUCAUAUCUCAGUCACCGUCUGGCGCUAGAACACAUGCUCACAAUUUGUCAACUUUAAAUUUAUGGAAUGAAUUAGGCUCUUGACAUUAUUUUCUUGGAUUUAAACUUGUUUUUACUUCAUAUUAAGACUUUUGGGGAAGUUAGACAGUGUAUCUAAUCAAAAGAAACAUGAUAUAUAGAAGAUUACAGCUGACAGCCUGACACAUGCAGGCCAUGCAAUGCUAGGCUUGUUUAUGUAUAGGAAAACUGAUCAUACCACUCCCAGCAAUUAUAUGUAAUAAUACUUUAUUGCCUUGAAGAAGGACAUUUUUUUUACUUGUAGUUAAUAAUAUUUAUUGUUGUAUUUUAUAAUAAAAAAAUAACUGGGGAUCAUCUUAUGGUACAUACAGCCAUGUUGUCAUGUUGAUGACAGACUUCUGACAGUCAGAAGCAGUGCUAAGACAGGGUGAACCCUGUCAUAGCAUUUUAAGACCGAUAAUAGGAGUUUAUGGAUGAUGAUAUGAGUUUAUGGCAGAGUUAUGUCUGAAAUGCACCAUUUUGUUUCACUAUGACUGACAGAUUGGCUAUGACGGUUUGCAGAAUACAUGCCCUGGUCUGUAGGGAUGAGACCAAAGAUGAAACAUUCAAGCAGUGGUCAUGAAUGGCUGAGUGCUCCUGAGAAAGUGGAAGAGAAGUUUUGAAAGGAAAAUAUAUUAUUAUUUCUGCUAGAGUGGUGUGACUAGAAGAGUUAGAAGUGUUUGUGAAGGAAAAUAUAAAAGUAUUUCUCCUAAGGUGUUAUGAUGAAAAAAUUGGAGAAGUUUUGAAAAGACAGUAUGAAAAUAUUUAGAGUUGUAUGGAAAAGUGGAAAAUGAAGGAAAAAUAUAAAAGUAUUCCUGAUAUAUUAGUAUGGAAAAAAUAAUAAGUCUGCUGUCACCUGUACAACUAUUUCCUUUUAAAGACUUUAGUGAGUGUAUUCAGCAAUUCCCCUUCAUCAGCUGUCAUCUGUAUGCUUCCUGUGUGUCCUCUUUUAUUUUUUCUUACAAUAAUGUACAUUUACUAUACAAUUAGCUUAUUUUCUUAUCAGACUACUCUUCAUGAAGUGACCAAAAUUCAUUGUUCUAUCUUCUAAUGUUUGUUUAUUGUAUUUGAUUCUAAAUUUUUUAUACUUCUUUCUCGUUCUUUUCUUAUGGGAUAUACUUUUAUUUAUAUAUGCAAUUGGCCCACUCUUGAUUUUUUUUUUUUUUUUUUUUUGUGUGUGUGUGUGUGUGUGUGUGUGUGUGUGUGUGUGUGUGUGUGUGUGUGUGUGUGUGUGUAUGUGUGUGUGUUGUGAUGAUAAUGGGGUUGCUGUUUUCUCCAUUCAAGUCUUGGUGCUUUCUCAGCUUGUGUAUUUUUAAUGAAACGUCUGUCUGGUGAUAGAAAAUAUAUUACUAGAAUGUCCUUGGCUGUAAUAAUAUCUCUGAACCAAAAGUGUUAUCUUCCUUUACACGUGGCUUGCAUUUUGACCUUAAUUGGCUUGCUUUGUAAGGUAAUUGUACUUAAGUGAUUUACUGGGUGAUUCCUGUGUGACUGAUUUUGUUACUUCUGUUAUUUUGAUUAUUCAGUACAAUUAUUUAUUUGUCAUGUGAUAAGUGUCAUAUAUAACGAAGUACUUCACAGCAUAAUAGUUGUGUGCCCUGAGGAGGUGUGUACAGCAGGGACAGGACAGGACCCAGCAGGGAUGCAUCUUUGGAUCUUUGCUUCAGGAGCUUAAUGUUUUUGUGUCCAAGUUGACAUCUCGUGCUGGAGCCAAAGCCCGCAGGUUUACACAGAAAAUGUCCCUGAAUGAUGCAAUUACGUGGAGAAAGAAGUACAAUUCUGCUUAUCCGGAGAGGUAUAUUGAAAGAUUACCAUAUACAUAUAUACAUAUAUACAUAUAUAUAUAUUUUUGUAUGUAUUAUUGAACAAUUAGGAUAGUGAUGGAGUUUCUGGGGCAUGUCAUGUUUAGUUUUUUGGUGUAGCACAAAUGUAUGUGUAUGGUAAAGACAAGCUUUACUGAGCGAACAUCCGGCCUGGAGCAAGGCAGUCUGGGCCGGCUGACCCGUGGAGGAGAACAGACGUGUAGCAGACAGCCUAGGAGGAAUCCUCAAGCAAGAUUCACAGCUGCCAUAUCAGGCAUCAGGUGCAGAACACAAGUCCUCCUUGUCAGUUGAUGUCGGAACAUUAUGACUAAACAUGAAUUGUGCAUAUGAUGUAUGUACUCUUGUUGUAGUGUUCACCUUGCAGUCAACGCACACACACUGAAGACUGAGUGAGGAGCGGUGCACCAGAGUUGGUCCUGGGCUGAUUAAGCAUCAUUUCACUUCACUUGUGUAUUUCAAUAUUAACGAUCACCACUGUGGUACAGCAUUAUUUUCCUUUAUGGUGUCUCCUUCUCAGCUACAUAGCACUGUCUUCACUGGUAUGUGGUGGAUGUGCAUUUAGAGGCAGAACCAAUGUUCUAUAAAAUCAGUACAGAGACUGUGUAUUGUGUGUUCUGUGUAGCCACCGCCGUGUGCUCUCUUCUACUACACUUUGGUAACAGUUUUGAAUGAGUCUAACAGCCUCACCUUCCUUGUCACUCACCUCAAGGCAUGAGUCACCUCAUGUCUCAUGUCAGCCAUCACUUAGUCUUGAGUCAGUCAUGAGUGUUGUAUCAUGCUACCAUGCAAGGACUGGCUGGUAGCAAGAAAGAAGAGAAAUAGUAUUUGGCUUUCAUUUAAAAGUUGCCAUCACUAAUGACACCAUUUUAUGCAGAUGUUGCAGUUUUAAAUUUUAAAUAGAAAACAGUUGCAUUUAUUUUCUUUGAUUGCAGUACAAACCAUUACUCAGAAUACCUUCGACAAUACAGUGACUCAUUGGAAAGUCUGUAACUAAUCAAAAUGCUAGUAUCUUUUCUUCAGGACAACCUGUGUGCCUCCUUGUGCACCAAGUAUUGCACCAAAAUUCUGGCCACCUGAACCGCCUGGUGAGGCCACUCAGGACUUGGUGGAUGCUGGUUGGUUCUCACCAGGCAGGGCUGUUCAGUGGUUGGCCCACACCCUGCUGGCUACCAUUACCAGGCAGAACCAGUGGGUUACAGGCAGAGUGCUCUGCCAUACUGAACAUUCAUGUACUGUUUUCCUCACUCUUCAAUUAUAGCAAGGCUGUAUGAUUCAAAACUAUUACCCCAUGUCAUGCAUUUGUGAAGAUUACACUGUCAUGAAUAUAUUAUAUGUUGGAAAAUAUUUUUCCCAAUAAAAUCAUUCCAUUGUG